AUGCAGAUCGAUCGGAUCUUGCUGAUGAUUCGAGUGAUAUACUAUGGUUUCAAAGACGGAUCCCUGGGCGAUGGCGAUGGCGUCAUUGGAAAUCUCGGAAUCUUUUUCGGAUUGGAUUUGUGUGGCGGUUUAAGGCAUUCUCUUUCGGCCAAGACUCGGGGUUAUGGAGGAGGUUUCGAUCGAUCCGACGGAUCGGGUGUGGGGUCGAUUGAAAUUGAGAAAUCUGUGAGGUCCCACUUAUUAUUGAUGAGGAAUGGAGAGAGGAGAAAGAAGGAUACGGAUCCGUUUGAUUCGAAUCAUUUGGAUGGUGAAUCGUAUCUCGGGAACCGGAUCUGUUUGAUGUGCAUCGAAGAUCUCGGAAGAAUUGCUCUUGGAAGGAAGAAGUGGUCGGUCGGAAACAAAGGAAAAUGGGGUUAA